UUUUUCUGCAUCAGAAGGAGGUUGGGGAAGGGACUUUUGGUAUAUGAAGUGGAAGGAACAAAACAACCCAAGAACAGAAAGAAGUUGACCGCUUGAAGAGGGGCCAAUGUACUGACUGAUAGUGUGUCCCAUUUGCCAGAUCAGGGCAGGUCUUAAGCCACAGCAGGGGAAAAUACCAGCUUUUUCUCGUUUUUCUCAUUCCCCGCUCAUGCUGCUGGCUGUCACGCUGGCAGAUCCAUAUCCAAUAAACCCGAGAUCAUCGACGAGCAUUGUGCAGCGGAGGACGCAGGUCUUUCUUCUUUUGUCUUUGUUUAUCGUGGUUUGUUUCUCAUCUAUCUCUUCAUCCGCACGGUACGUGGACCGUAUGAUGGCCUCUGGAUGGUUGGGCGCGUCCAAGUAACAUCCCGCGUCUUGGCGUCGCAAACUGCUAAUCAAUGGAAAUCAGGUACCGGCUAUCUGUGGGGGAGCAACUACAACUUCCUUCGGUUUUCCGGCAGUCAGUCGGCCGAUUGCAUCUCGUGCUCUCGACAUGUGAGACCGGGAUAACAAACCAGUCCUCACCAGCCUAGCCAGAAGAUGGCAAGCUGAGCCACGUUCGGUAACAACAGCCGCCAUCAAAUUAGUUCUUCACCAUGCCUCCCGCCGCUCACUGCCGGGCUGAUUCCGUACAGCAACCAGCGAAAGGUCGGUAAUUUAGCCUGCGUCAACUCUGUCUCAUCCGGAGAGACACCAGGUUUUUUUGGGGACGAACUGCGUCUAGAGUGGUAGCGUAGACUACACGAGUCCACAAGGUUUCCAGCAUGGGGGAGGAAAAUGUCCGACGUUGGACUGGAUUUCCACGAAUUUGGCUGUGUCAAGAUUUGGGGUGUCGUUGAAGCGGAGCUCGAGGCAUGGGCAACAGCACAUCACAGCGAAUCACGGCCGCACGAUGCGUCUUGAUCUGGGCAAUCUUGGAUGAAAGCGCCCACUUUUGUCAACCUCAGGUCCGGAUACGGCAUGCGCCAACCCCUUGGCGGCGUUGCUGAACCCUGUCGGCUCUGCGGAGGCCGGUCGUUAGCUUGGACGCCUCUGCCGCAGUCACACACCCCAUUGAGCACCCCACGUCGAGUCGUCAACCUCGUUGACGUCCCGCUAAUCUCCUGCUUCGAGUGCUGGCCUCGCUGACCAUCCACUCGAACUACAGCUUGCCCAGCAUCAUGUCGACGAUGGACGUCUCCUGGUGUGCCAUGGCCGGCCUCCCAGCGGACGCCUUAGGCGCUCGUGCCUCCUGCUGUUUCCCGGCGUCUCCUGAUAUCCAUCCCGUUAACCGUACCGUGAUCUAGACGAGCAGCCCCAUCUCAGAUCUUGUUUCUCGUGGACGGGUUAUGCCAGUUACUGUCGGCGGAUCAUGGACCAGUUCAUCCUUGGGGCCUGCCUCGAGUGGCUUGACACUGGCUCCAACCCCCCUCCCCGCCCGCCAGUAAUCCCUGGUUUUUCUCAGCUACCUGUUAUAUGUUCUCCGCCUUGUCAUAUCGUUUGAUCUGCCGCAUGUCCCUCGUCUUCUUCCCCUCCUGUCCCAGGCAAGCGUCUAGACUGAGCUUCAGCACCCGGUGUUUGCUGCCGGGCCUCCUUCAGUCUGAUCCGUUCCGUAUCACCGCCAUCAAGUCCACCCAACGCUGGCAGUAUUUGUUGAAAGGCGAUCCGGUGUCAAAGAACAUCGCUGCUUCUUCACCGUGCUAUGAGCUGGCAAACUGCUCCCGUCGGUUUCCAGUAGGGCCUCCGCGCAACUUAGGAUAACGGUCACGAUAUCGAGCGCGCAACUCGCAGGCUGGCCAAUAUGAAGCUUGCACAGAGCUCUGGAAAAGCUCUAGUUUGUCUGGGGCUUCUGGCUGGCUUCGCUGCUGCGGGUGGUCUCGGGCCAGCAAAGCGAGACGAAGUGACCCCCUCGACAACGGUCACGCCGACUCGGACGUUGACAGAGGCCGGAUCGGAAACGACAAGGUCAAUCGCCCCCUCUGGCUCUCCGGUCAUUGGUACUCUAAAUCCCUCGUCCACAUUGCCGCCUUCUGCCAAAUCAACUGUUGAUCCGGCCUCUCUGUUCAACACCAGCGCCCUCGAUGCUCCGCUUCCAGAUGACCAGCUUCCCCUACAGCCUGUCAUCACCCCCGGAUGGGCUGUUUCCGGUGCCAUUAUGCUCAUCACCGGCUUCGUCUAUGCUAUCGUGGGGAUCAAGACAAAAUGGCUACAUACCUUUUUCUCAACCGCCUACCUGGCAAGUUUAGGGACAACAGCGCUGAUCUUGUACGUCAUGGUGCCACCAGUCAGUGACGCUGUCCAAGGAGCAUACGUGGUAGCAGCUGUCUGCACCGGAGCUGUUCUAGGUGGCCUUGCCAUCGUUUUUAAGGAACUCACCGAGUGUCUGGCCGGUCUUCUGGGCGGCUUUUGUCUCAGCAUGUGGUUGCUGACUCUUCAGCCCGGUGGACUUGUCCCAUCAACUGUUGGCAAGGUUUUGUUCAUUGCCUCGUUCACCUUUUCAGGCUUUGGGGUGUACUUUGUGCCAUGGACUCAGAUUCGGGCAUAUGCACUUAUCGCAUGUAUUUCCUUCUCAGGGGCCACCCUGACUGUUCUCGGAAUCGAUUGCUUCACUCGCGCUGGUCUCAAGGAGUUUUGGGCGUACAUUUGGGCACUCAACGACAAGCUGUUCCCCCUUGGCGCGAAUACCUACCCACUCACACGCGGCAUUCGGGUUGAACUCGCUGUCACAAUACUCAUCUUCCUCGCCGGCAUUGUUUCUCAGCUCAGGCUCUGGCGUCUCAUCAAAGACCGUCGAAGCAAACGUGAGGAGGAGAUUGCCGAAGGAGAGCGGAACCUUCGUAUCGAAGAGGAGAUCAUCGGCCGCCAAGUUGAGGAGAUGACGGCUCGCGAGCUCCGUCGCUGGGAGCGUAUCUAUGGCGAGAACACCCCGACCCACCAGGCCUCCGACUCGGCAUUGGGCGAUAUGGAUGACGAGAAGCGAAUUCGUCACAGCUCUGCCACUCUGGCCUACUCGAGACGCACCAAGUCCCCGACUGAUACUGAUGGGAUUGUAGCGGCCGAGGUUUAUGUCGACCCUCUGGCGGACCCUACGCCCUCGGAGAAGGCCGACAUGAAUGAGACUGUUAUCGCCAGAGACGUCGGCGAUGGGAGAAGAUUCACGGUCAGGAUUAGUGAGGACGAGCUUCGCGGGCGCUCGACCCCUGAGGUUACCUCUUCGCACACUCACGAUGGUCAUAUGAGGCGCGAGAGUUAUAUCAUGAUGAAUUCCAGACGCAGCUCACAACGUAACUCUCAACGAAACUCGCUUCACACCCCUGAGGUUCCCAUUCUCAGUCUGCCUUUCCCGCUGUCUAAUGCCAAAAGCGAGGAGGGUCGUUCCUCGUUUGCUGCAACCUGUGCCGACGAGGAAGGCCGGGAGAACGUGCCUGGACCUCGGAUUAGAAAUUCAACGGCGGAAAAGCUUGCCGAGAGACUGUCAAGUGGUUCGGCCAAGCUGCUUAGGGGCCUUUCCCGGCGGUCUGCCCACAGCAAGCGUGGGAUCAUCGAGGGAGUGGGCGAAAGCGCAGAAGAGUUGGCUGUCGAGUCUGUCCAAAAUAGGGACGACCUCGACUCUCUUGCUGCGGUUUUGGACGACUUGAGCUCUCUGGGAGAAGUCUCGGCGACACCAUCGCCAACUACUGAUGUGAAAAUGGAACUGCCCGCCUGGAAAUCAAAACCCCAGUCGGCCGACUCUAGUACGCCGGGAGCCAAAAGGACAGAGGCGGCAGUCCCUGAGAUGAAACAAGAGGAGGAAACGUCGCUGAGCUCUGGGGAGGUUGGUGAUAUGAUUCCUGAGAUACCCACAAGGCUCUCCGACGUGGACGUACUUGCUAUUGCCGAGUCACGCUUGGCCAAGUCCUCGCCGGCUCUUGAACAAGGAGGCUUUGUUCCUGAAGAAAAGAAUCCUGCACCCUUACCGCAAUUCCAGGCCGACUUCGAGGUCGAGAAGAAGAUGGAUCCUGACGAGGACAGUUCGCGGGCGGACCCUGUGGGAAGCCCCAAGCAUGAUGAGGACGGUGCAAAAGAUGGGGAUGAUGCUGCGGUCAGAGGGGAAUCAUUGGAUUCCGUUGCCGCCAGUCUGACGAGAGGGAAUCUUCCACCAGCCUUGUCCCGAGUAGCAUUGUGUUAUCGUACAAAUGAGUGGGCGAAACACCUGAGUGUGGCUGAGAUCCCUGACCCAGAUGAGCUCCAGCAAGAGAUCGUUGCAGCACAAGACGGCUCAGACGAAGAACCGGCGCCCCUUGACAUUGUCGACCUUCAGCAAACAGCCGAGAAUGCGACCAUUCCUCCAUACGCCCCUCGAUCGGCUAGCGCCAUGUCAAACUACACAGGCCAACCUGUCAGCAGGAGCAGUUCCAGGACAUCGUUCUCGGCGUAUCCAGAUUCGAAUGCCUCUGCUAUCCAGCCUGGCUCUUCGCCUGACUUGCAGCAAGGAAAGUUGAACAGUCCCUAUCGCUCCUCUUCCAUGACGGGCGUGAUGCUCAAGGGGCGAAAUUCGAGACUUAUCGCCGAGCCCAUCGCGGAAGAGGGCGAUCAUGAGCCAACUGAACACGUUUCAACCUCUUUUCCCUCAGAUACAACCUGGACCAUGCCGAACACAAACUCGGCAUCUGCGUUCCCUCAUGGGCUGUUGUCUUCAACCUCGGUCCCGAACAUGACACGGAUCAGCCAACAAUCCUUGUACUCUCCGCCUACUCUCAUGGGUGUGCGCGAGACGCUCCUCCGCAAUAAAGCGUCUGGGUCAAUCUACGCUCAGACUGCUGAACCAAUUCCCUACGGAAUACCAACCUUUCCUGUCGCAAGGCCUUCCUCUGAACACGAGAGUCUGCACAGCCACUCUGCACCUAACAAUGUCCCUAGCGAUUGCUCCAGCCCAGCAGUCGGCGUCGACCUCGAUGACCUGCCACUAUCCCAACGCCGUGCGUUGAUCCGACAGAGCAGUAUGUCUAUGCAGCCCCAGCAGGCGCUUAUACGCCAGCGUUCAGGGCUGCGAAGUCCUACGCCACCUGCUACCUCUCACCCUUCCCCAUGCGCAACAACAGAGUCUACCACUUUCGACUCAUACCAGCCUCUCCGUCAUAGCACAGUACCCACCGAAGCUGUUCGCCAGGCGCAGCUCGCCAACUUCCGCAACAGCGUCCAAGCUGACCUCCGGGCCAACGCACGGCCAAAGACGUUGGCCCGACACAGGUCUGUCGGAGGUGAUGGCUUCCACCACGGCCCGCCUCUUUCGGGGGGGUUGCUUAAUUUAGGAAGUACCACCUCCAUGACCAGUCUCAAGGGUGCUUUCCAAUCCGUAGGAGAUCGGCACAGUGGAAACACCCCUGGGAGUAGUGUUGAAGCCCAGAGGAACAUUGACAUUCAACGCGGGGUGAUGAUGGAGCAAAAGGAGGCCGAGGCGGCGAGGCUGGAGAGCACGAGGCUGGAGAGGGAGGGGAGGCAGAGGGAGUUUGAGGAGCGGAUGAGGAGGGAUCGGGGGAUGUUGGAGGCGCACCGGGAUGCCAUGAGGAGGAUACAGAGGGGUGUGAGGGAUGUUUGAGAUGUCAUGACUUUUUUCUUUUUUUUUUGCGAAAAAGAAAACAAUGAUGUUAUGGGAUGAAUUGGAGAAAUAUAAUGACGAGAUGGCAAAACGUCGGACGUAUAGCGUGAGGCAGGCGUGUCUGUUUUGCCACUACUGUUGUAUUUGGCUUGCGGGGGAUGUCUGAUGACUUGUUUGUUUUUGGAAACAUGACCCCGAGAUGAGUACGAGUACGAUGACGGCAUGGCGGUACGGUUUUACGGAAGGUUGAUGUAUACAGGUAGCUUUUAAUCAAGAUUGGGGGUUUGUAAUUACUUGCUGAGUCUUUUGUGCAUAGCAUGACGGUUAUUGGGGAGGACAAGGUAGAAAGUGAAUGGGAUGGAUGGGGGCAUAGAGUCGGACUGGAUGGGUUAGAGAAUAAUUAAUAGUAUAUUGAGUAGUUGUUAGAGUCAGA